UCCAUUGAAGCAAAUAAUUUGGCGCUGUUCGCAUGGGUCCAUCAUCAUUGGACUUUCGGAACGCCGGCAAGAUGCUUUAUUGCGAGGGGCAGCUCCUCGCACUCACACGUGCGCGCUUAAAUCAGGAUGGCGCCGUCCAUCGCCAAAAGCAAAAGAAAGGAGAUAAAGAAAAGCCGUCGGGGGCCGCACAGCAAGCCGGAGGCAUUCCUACGCGCCCGUGAUGAUAAUCCUGCAAGGUCAAGUGCGGCGAAUAUUAGAAUAAGAACAAGAAUGCUUUGUAAAGGCUAGAGUAGUGGGGCCAGCACCAACUCUCUAUGCUGCCGUUAAUUUUCUGACCGCGGUGCUGAGCUGUGAUCUUUCUUAGAAAAACAAAGAAGAGCCACUAUUUUCAAAAAAAAAAAAAGGAGAGAAAGAAGAGAGUCCAUCUCGCUCUUCGUUUUUUUUCUUUGGAAGAGGGGAUUGGGGAACGAGAGAGAUGGCGUCGGGGGCGUUUGGAGGGACGACCCAGAAGUGCAAGGCGUGCGAGAAGACGGUGUACUUGGUAGAUCAGCUCACCGCUGAUGGCAGGGUCUAUCAUAAGGCCUGCUUCCGUUGCCACCACUGCAAGGGAACCCUCAAGCUCAGCAAUUACAGCUCCAUUGAUGGUGUUCUGUACUGCAAGCCUCAUUAUGACCAACUCUUUAAGAUGACUGGCAGCUUGGAUAAAAGUUUUGAAGGUUCUUCGAGAUCUGCCAAGGCUGACCGAUCCAAUGGUCAUGAGAAUACCGCUAAUAGGAGAUUUUCAAGUAUGUUUGUUGGGACACAAGACAAAUGUGUGGUUUGCAAGAAAACUGUUUACCCAAUUGAGAAGGUAGCAGUUGAUGGCACCUCAUACCAUAGACCAUGCUUCAAGUGUAGCCGUGGAGGUUGCGUGAUCAGCCCAUCUAACUAUAUCGCACAUGAGGGCAGACUUUACUGCAAGCACCACCACUCUCAGCUCUUCAUGGCCAAGGGAAAUUUCAGUCAGCUUGAAGACAGACAUGAAAGCAUUAAAGUGCCUACUGAGAACCUAUCACCAGAUGACAAUGCGGAAAAGCUUGAAGACAGACAUGAAGGCAUUAAAGUGCCUACUGAGAAUCCAGCACCAGAUGACAAUGCAGAAAGGCUUGAAGACAGACAUGAAGGCAUUAAAGUGCCCACUGAAAACCCAGCACCAGAAGACAAUGCAGAAAGUGCUAGUUGAAUUCUCUUGGGUGGAAAAUUGUUGUACCUGGCACUCUUUUGGGCAACUGUGAAGUGACAUAGUGGCAUGAGCUCGUCUGCAUAUAGCUGCUGAGUUUGGAUACCACAUUUCGAUCUUCAGGGUUCUCAUAUGUUGGGCAACAUCUCUUUAUAACACAUUCUUUGUGUUGUGAGAGUUGAAGUAAUAAAUAUGGGGUGUUUUUCUUUGUUUCCAUUAAGUUGUGUGCUGUAUUCCAGAGUUGAAGGUGGUGAUGGUUGCAUGUCAGGGGUCUACUUAAGGAUGCGGGGGUGUGUUUUACUCCGCCUACGUUUUUUUCAGGAGUCCAUAUUUGCUGUAGAAAGAGUUCUGCUUAUCAUCUGUUCUUGAACUAUUAGUGAAUUUGGUGAUGAUCUUGUAACAGUUUUUUUAGGCCACAUAUCCACAGCAAAUUAUUGGAUCAGUUACAAGCACUCUAGAAAGCAAGUUGUUGAAUUCCUAUAUCCAAUUCUUGAAUAGAAGAUAGAAGGUAUCCUGCAGACUUAGAUGUUUAGCUUUGUCUAUUGCAGUCUUUUUUGUUUUCUGCCAUUAACGUUUUGUAUUCUAUGUCCUGUGUUGAUGGAUGUGUUUCUGGAGAUAUGUCUGGAGUUAAUUGAACAAAGUGAAUGUAUACAAUGAUGGUGAACCAUGGGAAGUAAGAAGUAGGCAUGUAAUUUGGAUUUAAGUUGUUUGAGUCCUCUAAUGUUUAUAAAGAUCUUUUAUAUGUUUGUUGCA